AUGUUUCGCUCCGGCAUGAGGCCUGCGGCCAAGCUGCGGGCGACAUGGGUCCCGACUCGGCCAUUUGCGCAACCCCAGCGCCCGGGAGCCGUCCUGCGCGCCGCGACGAAGGCUUGGGAGAGCACGUUGACCGGCGACGAGAAGUCGGGCCACAUCGCCAAAUCAGACAGCGAAUCGAUUCUCUUCUUCGACAAUCUCUUUCCCCUGAAGCUCACGUACCUUCUGCGGCGAUCAUGGUCCACAGACCGCGAUCUGACUGAUCUCCUCAAACGCUUCGACAGCUCCAGCGGGGGUUUGGGCACGGAUCCGAUCAACCUGGUUAAACGAGCCAUUCCGAACGAUCUCCCGAUCAAGGUUACCGAGAUCCUACCUCGACUCAAAGAUGGAGGAGCAUUCGUCAAGUUCAGCCACGGCUCCGACGUUGUGCCCAAGGACAUCGAGAACUCUCUUGCACAGUCAUUAGAGAAGCGCCCGCUACGGCCGUGGUUCAACCCCUUCCGUGGAGUCAAGGCCGGCCUUGUCAGAGGCGUCCCAUGGCUCGAAGACCUCUAUAGGUUCCCGAAAAGCCGCGUCAAGAUCGAAUUCACGGGAAAGGAUGCGGGCGCUGAAGCCGUUGAGCUGUCGCAGGAAACACUGUACAGCGUUUUCCGUCGUUACGGCAAAAUCGCCGAAAUCACUUCUCAGCCGUCCGACUCGAAGAUCUUACCCAAGUACGCAUACGUCGACUUUGCCCUCGUACGCGACGCCAUUAUGGCAAGAAACUGUCUGCACGGAUUCGUCGUUGACGAGGCACUGGGGGGCGGCAAGCUGGGCACGAGGCUCCGUCUUUCGUACGAGCAAAAGGUGAAGCCGCACAACAUUUGGAACUGGCUCACCAGCCAUCCCAGGGUAGUCAUCCCUGUUGUUGCAGCUCUUCUCGCCGCCUUCACCGUCGCCGUGUUCGAUCCGAUCCGCGAAUUCUUCGUCAAAGCGCACAUUCAGCAUUCCUUUCGUCUGACGAACAACAAGCUCUACAGAUGGAUCAAGAACCAGACCUCCGAUAUCAUUUCGUCUUUCGGACACAAAAAGGCCGACAAGGCCGGGUUCAAUGCGGUAUGGCAGCAUCGGAGGGACCUGAUCGAACAGAUUCAGACCUGGCUUCUCGAGAGUUCGGAUACCUUCAUCGUCGUCCAAGGCCCCAGGGGAUCCGGAAAGAAGGAGCUUGUUUUGGACCAAUCGCUGAAGGGACGGAAGAACGUGCUGGUCAUUGACUGCAAACCAAUCAUCGAGGCAAGGGGCGAAAGCGGGACGAUCAAGCACCUGGCCAACGCAGUGGGAUACAAGCCAAUUUUUGCCUUUCUGAACAACAUGAGCAGCAUGAUCGAUCUGGCAGUCCAGAGCACGACAGGUGUCAAGGCUGGAUUCUCCGAAACCCUCGAGUCGCAGGUGGUCAAGAUACUCCACACGACUGCCGAAGCCCUGAAAGAGGUCUCUCUCGCUGGCCGCGACAAGGAUGGAAAGGACGGCGAUCUAUCAGACGACGCCUACUUGGAGGCUCGUCCGGAUAAGCGCGCCGUUGUGGUGAUCGACAACUUCCUGCACAAGAACGAGGGCUCAAGCAUUGUCUACGACAAGGUUGCGGAGUGGGCUGCUGCCAUGGUACAGAACAAUGUCGCCCACGUCAUCUUUUUGACAGAUGACACGGCGUACUCAAAGUCUUUAUCAAAGGCAAUGCCAGACCGCGUUUUCCGCCAAGCUUCCCUCGGCGACCUCUCCCUUGACGUUGCCAAGAAGUUCAUCAUCAGCCGACUGGAAGAGGAUGAGCUUGACAAGGUCCGAGAGCACUCAAAGGAAGCGAACGAGAAGACGGAGGACGCCGUCGAAACACACGAAAAGCCCGACCUCUCAGAGCUCGACUCGGCCAUCGGUAUUCUGGGCGGUCGUCUUACCGAUCUCGAGUACUUGGCCCGGCGGUUGAAGGGUGGCCAAAGUCCGCAGCGAGCCAUUGAGGAUAUCAUCAACCAGAGCGCAACGGAAAUCGUCAAGAUGUAUCUUUUGGAUGGCAAAGACACAUUCGAGGGCAAGAAGUGGUCCAUGGAGCAGGCGUGGUACCUGAUCAAGGAACUCGCCUCACAUGAAGCCCUCCGAUAUAACGAGGUGCUUCUUUCCGAUACAUUUGCUUCGUCUACCACGGCCGGGGCCUCAAACGGUGAAUCGGCGCUGGAAGGUCUGACGAACGCUGAGCUCAUUACCGUUGAGACGUACAACGGCCGGCCGCAGACGAUCCGUCCCGGCAAGCCUAUGUAUCAAGCCGCCUUCAGCUUGCUUCUCGACGACCGCGUUCUCAGAGCCAAGUUGGACCUCGCUAUGCUCAAGGAGUUGACCAAGGUUGAGACCAAAACCAUUGAGAAGGCCGAGAACGAACUGGCGCUGCUGGGUAGCUUGCCGAAACAGCCAUCUCAAACGGGAGCUCGCGUGUCCUAUCUGCUCGACAAACUGGAAGGAAGCCAGACCAAGAUCACGAAAUAUGAGAAGGAGAUAGCGGCAUUGAAGAAGGUCCUGAAGCACAACUACUAG